UAUUCACGGCAGUCUUCCCCGCCCCAAACUUGAACGAGUUCGAAGUCAUCCUUCCUUUUCCGUCGGCCUGCGGCCUUAUUCUUUAUUACAGCCUCCAUCUCCACGAAUACCUGAACUUCUACUCGUUUCCGUUGACUUCGUGGCCGGUGGCUCUGUUGUCGUGAGGGAUGGAAUGUCAUUAAUGUGAAGCUCUGAACGUCGAUGAUUAAUGAUUUUUGGAACAGGAAUUGUUGCUUCUUCUCUCUCGGCGUGAAUAUAAAUUCUGGAAUUCUUGUUUCGUAGAUAGGAUGGACAAUAUUGAUAGAUGAGAAAUAUUCAGACCUUGAUUAAUGCUUGGCGGUUUUUAGGGCAAAUUGAGUUUGGCUGCGCUUAAGUGUGGUUUGGUUACUCAGUGAUUUGGGUUGAAACUCGGUUUUGCGAUUUCAAACUUGAAAUCAAACAUAUACUCGAACUUCUUCAGCUCAUCAUACUGUCUUUCUUAUCAUAUUAAUCAACGGCGUUGCCAGACUUUAAACGGACUGGCGGCGGAGACUUCAAAGGUUGUUCUUCGAAGGAAGAAGUUACAGAAAGGACUGCGAUUGAAAGGAGUAUGGACACAAAUGUAUCGUCCCAUGAUCACCAGGAUCAAGAAGAAUAUGUUUUGCUUGAUCUGGAUAGUGUUUCUGGGAGUCUUGACAUUCCUCCAAACGCUAAAUAUGUUCUAACUGGCCUAAAUACAUUGAACCCACUGUUGAUCAUUGAUGACAAAUUGAAGCUGGUUGGGGAAUAUGAGGAGACCAUUGGCACAUGUAUUGUCUUUACAGAAGAAGAUACUCCUGUGGUUCAUGAAGAGACAGGCCCAUCUGAAGUGAAUCUUUUCUCUGGAACUAAAAUAAUUGAUUCGAGUCAACCUCCAACGAAGCAAGUAAAACCUUCGUGUCAACUUCACAAGGUUCUUAAGUUCAGAAUAGCACCCGAUUCUGAAACGCAAGCUGGAUAGGCUUAAAUGUUGUAAUAUAUACUGCAAAUGCAAGCGUAUUAUACUUUCUCUCUAGUUUAAUGCUUGACUUUUACAUUCAUUGUAUGUUGUACUUAAUCUUAGCUUUGCUAAUCUUUGGUUCAAUUGGUGUAAUGUCCUUCAAACUAUCUUUCACU